GGAAGUAAAUCCGGUAGCGGCGGUUGCCAUGUGCAACAAGCAUGAUGACAUCGUCUCCCCCACACUCUCAACCAGGCCUGGCCCAGACGUAGUCCUGGAUUUUCCUUCAGCCUGGACUCUUCUCAUUAAACUGCUGCACAUCAUCUACAUACCCUUUGAUAGCCGACGCUAUUUCAUCAAAGUCACAAAAUGCCUCCCUCUCGUCGCCGCGGUGGCAAUACUGCCGCCACCCGUUCAAACCAGGCGACCUUAUCGUUCGGCUCCAAGUCCAGAGUCACGAAGCCAUCAGCAGCGCCAUCUACACGUUCCCAGAAAGCCAAAGAUCUCGACCUGAUUGAUACUACUCGAUCGAGUAAUACUACUCGAUCGAGUACACCAUCCGUUGAAGAUGUGCCCGAAGCAGAACAGGCCUCUGUUACUCCCACGGAGCCUUCGCAACCCCAUGUGGCAGAGCUUGCCGUAAGGAAGCAGGCUCAGACAGAGAUUCAACAACCACGAUCAGAAGAGGAUGCUAAGGCGGAAAAGAUUACCGAAAGGCAGCUGCAGCAGUACUGGAAGAAGGAAGAAGCAAAGAGACAAGGGCCCAGAGUUCACCAGGAGGGCCUCGAGCUACGAGAGAAGAUUCUGCGCAACUUCGACCUCUCAAGCCAGUACGGGCCUUGCAUUGGAAUUGCUCGACUGAAGCGGUGGAGACGUGCGCAUAUGCUGGGCCUCAAUCCUCCCAUUGAGGUGUUGGCCGUGUUGUUGAACCCGGACGAUACCACUAAACAGAGAGCGUAUAUUGACGAGUUGAUGUCUUGAGCAUCGGCUUGGUGGGACCCUGCAAUUAUAUAUUUCUGUCCCAUGGAACAACGGGAGAUAGAUUUGGGAAUAUGGGUGUUUGUUGGACGGGCGUUUGGGAGAACUCUGCGCAUACCCUUUGGAUUACUAUUUUUGAAUGACCUACACUACUUUGAUUGCCAACCUCCGUCUUCUCCCAGUCAACUCUCUUGAUCUGCAGACACUGUGGAACACAAGUAGCCACUCAAACUACGCACAAACACGGAGGUAAUAUAAUCAAGG